AUGGCUGAGCACAAAAAGGCACUUCCUGUGCAAAUUAGAGGAAACCAGUUCCCUAAAAAGUUGUCCUCUGGCCUCCAAAGGUUGCCUUGGCUGGUGCAUCGCUACCACAGUGAUGGUGAGGAUGGAAAUGACCUGGCUCCUGAGAAGCAGCAGGACAAUGGGACCUGGCUGGUGACAGAGUUCGUGCUGGUGGGAUUCUCCAACCUCCCAGAACUGAGGUCCACUCUCUUCACCUUGUUCCUCCUCACCUACCUGGUCACACUCAGUGGCAACGCCACCAUCAUCACCAUCAUCCAGGUGGACCGCACCCUCCACACUCCCAUGUACCGCUUCCUGGCUGUACUUUCCCUCUCUGAGACCUGCUACACACUGGUCACCAUCCCCAAUAUGCUGGCCCAUCUGCUGAUGGAGAGCCAGGCCAUCUCCAUCGCGGGCUGUCGGGCCCAGAUGUUCUUCUUCUUGGGCUUGGGAUGCAGCCACUGUUUCCUGCUUACACUGAUGGGCUAUGACAGGUAUGUGGCCAUCUGCCAUCCCUUGCGCUACUCUGUGAUCAUGAGACCCACCAUUUGCCUGUGUCUGGGAGCCUUGGUUUUCUGCUCUGGUUUCUCUGUGGCCUUGGUCGAAACCUGCAUGAUCUUCUCCUCGCCCUUCUGCGGCACAGGCCGCGUGGAACACUUCUUCUGUGACAUCGCGCCUGUGCUGAAGCUCAGCUGUGCCGAGAGCUCGCACAAGGCGCUUGGCAUCUUCUUCCUGAGCAUCCUGGUGGUGCUGUUCUCCUUCCUCCUCAUCCUCCUCUCCUACGCCUUCAUCGUGGCAGCCAUCGUGAGGAUCCCUUCAGCCGCGGGCAGGCACAAAGCCUUCUCCACCUGCGCGGCCCACCUCACAGUGGUCAUAGUGCAUUUUGGCUGUGCCUCCAUCAUCUACCUGCGGCCAGACUCUGGGGCCAAUCCCUCCCAGGACCGCCUGGUGGCGGUGUUCUACACGGUGGUGACGCCGUUGCUGAACCCUGUGGUCUACACCCUGAGGAACAAGGAGGUGAGGGUGGCCCUGAAGAAGAGCCUCGCAAGGGGCUGCGGAGUAUUUAAGUAA